AUGGACAAGUAUUCCAUUUCAUGGGAGGCUUACCAUGAACUACCUCAGCAGGAUCAGACACCACCUAGAUCCUACUUGCUACAAGGAUGUCAAGGCACCACAGACUCUAGUUGGGAUAUAAGAAAAGCACCUGGGUACCAAGUGGGAGCUGAGUUACCUCUUGAGGAUCUACUCAAGCAACAGCGUGAAGAAUAUGUAAGUGAAACAAGUUAAGCAACUUAAUCGAGUCUAUGGUUGCAAAGUGUGUUAGCUUGUGGGAGCCACAGCAAAUAAACAAUCAGUCAUAAAAGUCCAAAGGAAAUCAUUUCACACUUUUAGCACAUAGCUAAAUGUUUAUCUGUUACAUUUUUCUCCAGCUGAAGAAGUCCAACCAACCAGAAGACCAAAGCCCAACAGUAAAAGUAAAAUUAUCUGGUGAUAAUUCAAGAAUGUCUCAUUCCAGUAAUUAAUUUAUGUGCUCUUUUUCUAUCCUAGAUGAAGGUCAAAAUAUACUAUCUGGUGCAGGUACAUACAUGCAUUUAUUUAUAAAUAGCAGAGCAUCCUUUUUAAAAAUUGAGAUCCCUAAUAAAUAAAAGUACAGUGUACUCAAGCUAACUACUUUUGUUUCUAUACAACUCAUGCCUAAUUCUCAAUGUUGUUUGAUUCUAAUGAAAAUGUUGAAAAAUACUUAGUAUGAAGUCAAACCUUUCAACCAACUUAGCUUACAUGUAUUGUGUUUUUACAGGCAACCACACUAUUACUGUUCUAAAAACCUCUGAAGACUACAAAAACCUGAGAAAUGGAAUGGCAAAUGUGACAUUAACUGUCAAUAAACUUAUUGAUGAUGGAUUUAUUGUAAUGAAUGGAAAGAGAGUAAAAUUGCAGUUCUUCUUGCGGGGUGAUUACAAAGUACAAUGUAUAUGACUCGAUGAUAACAUAAAAGACUGAAACACAGGACUGUGUACUGAACGACAUUGAGCUUGAUAGUCUAUUGACUGUAUUAUUAUUAUUAUCAUCGUUCCAACAGUUUCUGCUUCUUUCAAUGGGAGCGAAGGGGUUUUUUCCAACAAUUCAUGUGUCUGGUGCUUGAUCCAUAAAAAAGAGAGGUACUAUUCGAAAUGAUCUUAUUUCUUGAUGAUUACCUGAUGACCUAGCCUUAUUUUUCAAUAGUUGAGGUUUUAACUUGCAUUGUAAAAUUCUGACCUUCCUUAACUAUCUAACAAAGUCUUAAGUUUCUGUCUUUUGUUGGUCUUCAACUUAAGAUGCAACAUGGAUGUUCCACACUCUUAUUACCAGUCAUCAACAUGAAAGAACACUGUGUCUGGACUGGUACAAGCAACCUUGAUGCCAGCACCAGCCAUUAUUAA